AUGCCGCACACAACUAACCUAAUCGCUGUGUACACUUCCCCGCAACACUCGCACGCGUUCCCGUUCCUCUUGACGUCUGUGCACCAGGUUGAUUGCCUCGUCCGUUUCGAUGAUGGCACGUUCGGCGUGAUAGACUUCAAGACCUCUCAAGCGGCGAAGUCCUCCUUAACCUACUCGCGGCAGCUGCACGCGUACGCGCUGGCCAUCGAGAACCCGUCGACUCAGUCGGAACUACUACAAGGCACCGUAAGCGACAUGGGCCUUGUGGUGUAUACGCUUAAGGACUUCCAUACUCCGGCGACCGAGAACGGCGACAUCUCCGCGGCAUUGACCGGCGAUCUGACGUACGUGCAAGUACCCAGGGAUGACAAAGCGUUUGAGGGAUUCCUUAGUGAAGUCCUCGACGUGCUCAUAUUGCCAGAGGCGCCGCCGCCACCGCCACCGCUACUGAAGCGCAAGUGGGGGGCAUCGUUUUCGUCAUGCCCCUACUGCCAGUUUUUGCACGAUGCCAAGAUGAGGGGGCUCAUACAUGAGCAUUGAUGCUGUCGUAUUGCGCGCGAAGGAAGUAUCCGUUGAUGGCAGUAGCGAACACAUGUAAAAAAGCGGAGACAGAUCAAACAUUGCAAGCCU